GUCAUCCGCGACGUGCAUACGUGUUCGGCAGAAGCUCUGAUGCUAACAGGCUAACCAGAUACAUUCCGCACUGCGCUGUUAUUAAACCCGCCGUCCUUUUCUCCCGUUUAGCGUUUGAAAUACACGAAAGGCUCGGCUCGCGGGAUCGUGUUCAUAAGCGCUCUCAGAGCUGACAUUCAUCAGGGUUUGGAGCAGUGGGUGAUGAGGCUCUGAAGAAGCCUGGUGUGGUUGCCUGGGGCGAUGGGUGCCAACACCAGUCAGGUGAGCGACCUGUCGGAGAGUCAGAGCAUCCGCACUCUGAUUGGUCCAGAGUCAAUCUCGGAGAACGAGCCCUUCUGGAACCAGCUCAUCUCCUUCACCUUCACCAGCCCCACCUGCAGUGCUGAUGCUAAACUCUUGGAGGAGGCCGUGGUUCCCUUUGCCAAAACCCUAAUUGAGAACAACCCCAGGUCAGGGAAUUUCGGAGCUCUGGUGAGAGUUUUCCUGGGACGAACCAAAGAGCUGAAGAUCUCCACUGAAUGCCAAGAUCAGUUGUUCAUCUGGCAGGCCCAUAAUGCCCUCUUUCUUGUGCGAUGUCUGCUGAAAGUCUUCAUCAGGGAGAUGAGCGAGGAGGAGCUGCACUUACAGUUCUCCUACCAGGCGAGGGCGCCAGGCACCUAUGAGUCAAACAGUGAAGAUCUCCUGGAGGAGCUGGUCUGUAACUUGGUGCAUCUCAUCGUGGAGGUGCCUCUGCUGGACAUCACCUACAACAUCCUGUUUGAGGCCGUUACCACCCUCCUCGUCCUGCUGUCCUAUCAGCUCUUCCAGAAGGACAUUCUGAGGGAGGGGCUUAUCUACCGGUGCUUGACCAGGGGGCGAUGUCUGGCUCUAACGAGUCGUUUGGUGAAGACCCUGCUGUAUAACUUCAUCCGGCAGGAGAAGUGUCCUCCUGCUGCACAUCUCUUCCAAGCGGAGGCAGACGGAGGUGGGCUGCUGUACGGCCUGGCGUCAGGGGUGGCCAGUGGACUGUGGAGCGUGUUCACGUUGGGAGGAGCUGGGAGUAAAUCUGGAGUGGACCAGGAACAGAACCCACUACCCUUGUCCAAUCAGAGCCUUUUAUUGCUGCUGGUCUUGGCCAAUCUGACAGAUGGACCGGACUGUCCAAACCCUUACAAGCAAGCUGUCACCUGCUUUAAAAAUACACAAGAUACGUCGUCCAUCCCAUCUCCACAGCCGCACACGUUCCAGAUUAAUUUUAACAGCCUGUACACGGCGCUUUGUGAGCAGCAGCGGUCUGAUCAGGCCACUCUUCUGCUCUACACGUUACUGCACCAAAACCCCAACAUGAAGACUUACAUGCUCUCUAGAACAGACAUGGAGAACCUGGUGAUGCCAAUUCUGGAGAUACUCUAUCAUGUAGAAGACAGAAAUUCCCACCAUGUUUACAUGGCCCUGAUCAUCCUCCUCAUCCUCACUGAGGACGACACGUUCAACCGCUCCAUACACGAAGUGAUGCUGAAGAAUAUAAGCUGGUAUACAGAGCGAGCUUUAACAGAGAUUUCUUUGGGCAGUCUGUUAAUCCUGGUGGUCAUUCGCACUAUUCAGUUCAACAUGACCAGGACCAGGGAUAAGUACCUGCACACAAACUGCUUAGCAGCUCUGGCCAACAUGUCAGCCCAGUUCCGCUGCCUGCACCAGUACGCCGCCCAGCGCAUCAUCAGCCUGUUUGCCCUGCUGUCAAAGAAGCACAAUAAGGUUCUGGAGCAGGCCACGCAGUCUCUGCAGAGGCCGCUGGGAGCAGACGAUAACGCGGCCCUCCCAGACUAUGCGCAGGAUCUGAGUGUGAUAGAGGAAGUGAUCCGGAUGCUGCUGGAGAUUAUUAACUCCUGUCUGAGCAACUCCCUCCAUCACAACCCCAACCUGGUGUACGCUCUGCUCUAUAAGAGGGAGCUGUUCGAGCAGUUCCGCUCACAUCCCUGCUUCCAGGACAUCAUGCAGAACCUCGACACGGUGAUUGGUUUCUUCAGUCAGCGGCUGGAGCAGGCAGGAACGGACCUUUCAGUGGAAAGAGUUCAAGAGGUCAUCAAGAAAGGAGCGGUGGCACUGCCUAAGGACCGCCUGAAGAAGUUUCCAGAGCUGAAGUUUAAGUAUGUGGAGGAAGACCAGCCUGAAGAUUUCUUCAUCCCUUACGUGUGGUCUUUGGUCUUUAACUCUGCAGUAGGGCUCUAUUGGAAUUCUCAGGGAAUCGAGCUGUUCAGCAUGGACUCGCCCUGAGAGAGAGAGAGAGAGAGAGAGUGUGUGAGUGAGCGUGUGGGUGAGUGUGCGGGUGUGUACGGGGUCGAUCGAGGGUUUAAAUGGGUGUUGGUAAGUUUAUCGUCGUUCGAGCGUCUAAUAUGACCCUUAGAUGCUGUAGAUUUGAGCGAGCGAGCGUGUGUGGGCUCACGUCUGCAUCGUUUUUGAUCGUCCACGGCUUUGGAACGUCCGGUGGAAGUGCCUCUAUUGUGACUGGUGAGUGAUGAGAUGUUAUUGUGGGACUUCCCCCCCCAACCCCCCCACACACUUUUCAGCUUCCUCAUAUCGGACCCCUGGGCUUCCAUUAUCUCUGACUUCACCAUCCAACCUCAUCACACGGUCUAAAGGGCAUGUCAAUCAAAACCGCGCUCGGCCGCUGGAUGAACGGUCACUACGGCGCAGCAGUGCUGAAUUCUGGGUUACGGCACAGUUCCUGUUGCAGAGCAUGGUCACAGCUUGUUUACUGUUAUUUGAAAAAAGCUCUUUUUAUUUCUCUGAUUAUAAUGUGAUCUUUUGUUUGUGUUUUUUUUUUUUGUUGUUUUCUCGAGGGUGUCAUGGGUCAGUUAUAGCAGGUCAGGAAAGACAGAGGGAUUCCAAAAAUAAAUAACCUAACAAACAGAGCUUUGGUCCAUUUUAUUCAUCAAAUUUAAGUUUUGUCCUCAGUCACCGUCUUUUUUCACUCACAAUAGGUUUAUUUCAUUGGAUGGGAAUAUGAAGAAGCUUCAUCCUUCAACCAUAAAAAUUUUUUUUUUUUUCUCCAUCUCUGUUUCUGACAGCAGUAUUUCGUUGACGUAUUAUGUUGAAACCAUCACAAAAUAUGGGUGUUUUUCUCUCUGAAUUUCAGCUACUGUAUUGAAACAACGGCCUCACUUUAUUUGGAUAGUCCAAUAUAGAUUCUCUGUAGAUCUACCUAUGUUCAAAUUGUUAACUAACUGCUGAAACUUUUUUUCUAAACAGUGGUGGGAUUAGGGCUAGGACCAGUGUGAGGGUUGGGUUUAGGUAUUGGGUUGAGAUUAAAGUUAGGGUUAGGAUUAAAGCCAGAUUUAGAGUUAAAGAAAAUUAUGGUCAGUUUAGUAGAUAUUUAGUUGAAUGUAACCUAAAAGUAAAUGAAGUAUCUACAAAGCAUUUAAAGUGGACUAUCCAAAUAAAGUGUUAGCAAAACAGUUAUUUGUUUCCUCAAGAUUUUGACGUCUCAUCUUAAAAUUUGACUCUGAAUUCAAAAUAAUUAUUUCAUUCUCAAAAUUAUGACUCAUAUCUUAAUUAUGACUUAUCUCUUUUUUUUAAUUUGCAAGGCCAAACAUAGUACAUUGAAAUAAUGAGCUGUUGAGAGUGAAGGUAUUUAUUUUCAGAUUAUAAAUCAUUGUUUUGAGACCAAAUUCUAGAAAUUCUCAAAUAUUGUGAAAAUAAGUCAAAAGUUUGACAUACUGCUGUCAGCAACUGAGAAAAACAGACCUCUUAUGUUUUUUUUUUUCUCUGAUUAGUAGAAUUAAUUGGGCUUCCAUAUUAUUCUCCUGAACUGACCGUUAUCCCGAAAUACAAUUCUGAUCACACUAGUUUAUCACAUAUCAUUAAACACGUUAAGUACAAUCGUGAUCUUUUUAUUAUUGUCUUUUUGUGGUUUUCUUGGAUACGUUUUAAAGAUUUAUUUAUUUAUUGGUAUAAAUGGUUUUUUUUCCCAAACUGUUCAGCAUCCCAGCGUAAACAUAAACCAAAUUUCUUUUUUAGAUACAUAUACAUAUAUACGUAUAAAAUACAAUCUAAAGAAAGUCUCCAUGUGGGUUCCAUCCUGCGUGAUCCAUGUAGUGCACAGAUACAAAAUGUAUGUACAUUCACAUAUAAACAAAUGUGAGCAGCAUGUUUGUUGCAUAAAUUUUAUUUUUCCUUCAGGCAAAUACAGAAAGGUUUUUUUCUAUUUUCUCAUUUGCCUUCUUAUCUCAUAAUCACAUAGAAUCUGGCCUGUAUAGUUAGAAUGUAUAAUGUAUGCGUUUUAGUGUGAUUGGCUCAGUGAGGCUUUUUGUUACCUGAUCUUUUUUUUUGGAAACUUACUUUUCAAUACAUCACUGUUACAGCACUUAUCAAUAAAACUGCCCUUUCUCAUUUGGUCACCACUGACCGUAGGUCCUUCUUUUCUUUCUUCUUUGGCCUUACACUGCAGGACAUGAUAUCUUGGCAAGUGAAAGCUUCUUUAAUGUAUGCGAUAUAUGCGAUAUGUCUAAUUUUGAGAUUGCUGUAAGAAUAUUAUAAGAUUAUUCCUGGGCAUUUUUACUUAAGAGACAUUUUUCAUUAAUAUGAUUUAAUCUAGUUCCCUUUAGGUUUCUGGGUGUUCAGCUUCUAUGCUAAUGACCACUGCUCUUUUUGGUAGGGGCUGUGGUCACUGUGCUGUGGUGGAGAGCUCAACAAUGGCUGCAGCAGAGCAGAGUACAGAAAGACCACUUGUUCAACUUUUUAAGCUUGUUUAUGCUAAAAGACCACAAAUACGGUCAUAAAAUUAGCCAAAAAUGUCAAUACACAGCAAAGUUUAAUAUAGAAACUUCAUAAUUCGCUUUAUGAGCAGCUUUUGUGUAUCUGUUUGCUACUGCUAAGAAAAUGCUGAUUAAUACAAGCCUUUUAAUGGCAAUUUCAUUGUUAUGGAUGAAGCUAACGGUGGUGUAUAUUUACAUUUUAUUGCAAUUUAAAUACAGAUACUUAUCGCUUAUAGCAAACAUUCAAGUAACAUUCUUUUCCUUAAAUGUUCCAGUUUGAAUGCUGACUCAGUGAAGCCUGUCUGAAUAUUAUUGGCACCUGUUAGCUUAGCUAUAUGCUAAUCUUACUUAUUAUAGUCUUUUUAUCAGAGAUGUCUGUAUGCAGAUAUGAUGGUGAAAGUAUGAAGGCUAGAUGAGUGGCCAUUCAGUGGGUAUUCAGACGCUACAGUGAACAGCCUGUAGAAUCACACACUUUCUGUAAAAAUUAAAUGACCCUAAAAGGCAGAGACUUCACGGUUCACAAGAUCUUGGAUGGCUGAUACAAUAACGUAACAUAUACGCCAAUCAGGCAUAACAUUAUGGUCCUUGUUUCUACGCUCAUUGUCCAUUUUAUCAGCUCCACUUACUAUAUAGGUGCACUUUGUAGUUCUACAGUUACAGACUGUAGUCCAUCUGUUUCUCUGC